GCUCGUUAACAUUCUGUCCCGGCCAGCGCGCGCCGCGGCGCCUGCGCGCUCUUUUCACCCUGUCUCAAUCCUCGAUUCUGAAGAGAGGCAGUUGAGCUCUCUGUUCGUGCUAUAACUGUCAUGGAUGGAGUAGAGAGGAGAAGAUCAGCGGCUCAGAAGAGCGUUAUGACAGAUAGCGACAUUACGCGAAAGUCGCGCAUCCCUGAGCGCGUGACACUCAAGAAAGAGAUCGGGCUGCUGAGCGCGUGCACGAUCAUUAUCGGUAAUAUUAUUGGCUCAGGAAUCUUCAUCUCUCCUAAGGGAGUUCUAGAGCAUUCAGGUUCUGUUGGAUUGGCAUUGGUGGUGUGGAUGUUAGGAGGAGGCAUAGCUGCUCUGGGUUCUCUCUGCUACGCUGAACUAGGGGUCACCAUCCCUAAAUCUGGUGGUGACUAUUCCUAUGUCACAGAGAUUUUUGGUGGUCUUUUUGGGUUUCUGCUGUUAUGGAGUGCUGUAUUGAUCAUGUAUCCCACUACACUGGCAGUCAUUGCUCUUACUUUUUCCAACUAUGUGCUUCAGCCUGUUUUUCCAUACUGCGUUCCUCCAUACAUGGCCACACGCAUGCUGUCCACCAUCUGCAUAUUGUUUUUGACGUGGGUGAACUGCCACAGUGUGCGUUUAGCCACACGGAUCCAGGAUGUGUUUACAGUGGGGAAGCUUCUGGCGCUUGGACUCAUCAUUACUGUGGGUCUGAUGCAGAUUUAUGGAGGUAAUUAUGAGAGCCUGACUCCACAGGUGGCAUUCACGUUUACUAAACCUCCAUCUAUAGGACAGAUUGCUUUGGCUUUCUUACAUGCCUCCUUCGCCUUCAGCGGCUGGAACUUUCUUAACUACGUCACAGAAGAAGUGGUGGAUCCAAGGAGGAAUCUGCCUCGAGCCAUAUACAUCUCUAUCCCACUGGUGACCGUGGUGUAUACUCUCACAAACAUCGCAUAUUUCUCUUCUAUGUCUCCCGAUGAGCUUCUGUCCUCCAAUGCAGUGGCUGUUACUUUCGGUGAGAAACUUCUCGGCGCGUUUUCCACUAUCAUGCCAAUCUCUGUGGCUCUCUCCACCUUUGGGGGCAUCAAUGGUUACCUCUUCACCUCCUCCAGGUUAUGUUUUUCCGGGGCGAGGGAAGGACAUUUACCCAGUCUUCUGGCUAUGAUCCACUUUAAGAAAUGCACACCAAUCCCCGCUCUUCUUGUCUGUUGCACCGCCACAAUUGUAAUAUUGUGCAUUGGAGAAACGCACAAUCUUAUAAACUAUGUGUCUUUCAUCAACUACCUCUCUUAUGGAGUCACCAUUGCUGGUCUGCUCUACUACAGAUGGAAGAAGCCAAACUUAUACAGGCCUAUAAAGGUGAAUUUGCUGGUUCCAGUCUGUUACCUGCUAUUCUGGGCUUUGCUGUUGGGUUUCAGUUUACAUUCAGAGCCUCUUGUGUGUGGAGUUGGGUUGGUCAUUAUGCUCACUGGAGUUCCUGUAUAUUUCCUGGGAGUUUACUGGAAAAACAAACCAAAAUGCAUAUAUAACUUCAUUGAGUGGGCUACAUACGUGGGACAAAGAGUAUUUUUCGUUGUCUUUCCACAAUUUGAUCCUAUUGAAGUGACACCAGAAUGGACGGACAAAUCUUCCCUCGCAAGCAAGGCUUCUGGACCUUUUUGAAUUUGUAUUAUUUUAAACGAUACACAAUGGCUUUUCACAAUUGCCAGGCUUGUAGUGGUAGUAAAAAUGAAGUGUGGAUCGUGUUUGCACGAGUGUCUGUUUCUAGAGGUUUAAGUAGAGCAGUUUCAGAAAUGAUGGAUUGUAUCUUUACAUUGCUUGAUUUUUGGAUAGACCGGUAUCUUUCAGGAUCUGAACAUUGGAUUCUGUGUUUUAAAAACCCUAGAACUUGGGACUGGGGUUCAUUUACGAGUUUUGACACUUACAGUGUCUCUUUUGUAUAAUAAUUUACAUGUGAGGCCUUGCCAGCAAAAUAACCAUUUAAAUACUUUGCCUCAUUGAUGUAAAUAUAUUUUUCUCAAAGUUACUAACCGUUAUUUUCAAUAUAUACAGUGUUGGUCUUCAUCUUGUUACAUGAUGGGGUUAUACUGCUUUUAUAAUUAUUACAGAAGAAGAGGUUUCAAAAUCAAUUGAAAGGAUACGAUCUUCUGAGGAUACAAAUCAUUUAUUUCCAUUUAAUUUGUAUGCUAAUGGGCAUUAAAUAUAAUAAAAUUAAUUUAGUGAGGUUUUGCUAUAGACCAAGAAAAAUGAAAUACAUCAGCUCUCUAAGCAUGCACUACAGUGUAAUUUUACAGGAAUAUUUGAAUAGUUGCCCCCCAAAAUUAUUGAAUGUCCAUGCUGUUUGUUUCCAAGGGCACAUUUUUAAGAACAAGAAUUGUAUGGACCAUAUUUAUAACAAUUUUUGGUGUUUUUUGUCUUUUUAAAGUUUGGCGGCCUGUAGUCUCCAUUGCUUUAAGGAAAAGAGCAGCGUAAGCAUUAUUAAAACCUUUUGUUUUGAAUCCUGAAGGAAAGUCAGUAUAUAAUGAAUAUAUCAUGGCAGAAUAUUUAUUUUUAACAAUUACUAACUAUACACUUUUGCUUCUCAGGAAGUUUUAAUUUGUAUUAAUGUUGUUUAGAUAUUGUUUUUUCUAUAUUAAAGAACAUCUCUUAUUUUAAUAAUAACAAAAUGUUCAGAAUGUUUAGAGAUUCAAUCAUUGAUUUGUGGCAUUUAAUAAUGUAUUGGUAAAUAAUAGACUGUCAUACUUAACCACUUGACUAAACCAACAAAAACACACAAUUUGAUGACGUACAUUACUGUAAACUGUUUAAAUGGCAUUCAGAGACCUUUGUGCACCAACCUGAAAACCCCCAAGCAAUUUCAGACUGUAAGUGUGAAUACAGUCAGGUCACUCUCUUUACAUUUAUAAGAUAAACGUUUAUUAAUAUGUACAUAUAAUGUUGCAAAAUCUCUCUGUU